AUGUACGAUUAUUCAGACAUCAUCGUCGAGGAGCCUCUCGAGCCCUCUCCGCUGUGCCAGAUACUUUACUCCGAUGAAUUCAGACAGCUCAUUGGCAUAGCUAAAGCUCUGAUGCGCAACAACGAGCAUUCGGAGAGGGCUUUGGAGAUCACCGAAAGGGUGAUUGAGAAGGUGGCUGCACAUUAUACGAUCUGGUCGUACAGACUUUCAAUCGUCAAGGGCCUUGAAAAUUAUUCCCUUGCCAAGGAGCUUGAAUGGUGUGGGCAGAUUGCUCUGCAUAAUCCCAAGAACUACCAAAUCUGGCAUUAUCGAUCGCUAAUUAUUGAGCUAAUACUAAAGCGUAAUGGCGAUUUCGAUUUGAAGCAGGAGUACCCAAUCCUAGAGCAGAUGCUGGAUCAGGACUCAAAGAAUUACCAUAGAAAAUGUUGGAAGAAGACGUAA